GUCCUAAGUUGGAUAACUUGUUCCCAAUCCAUUUCAAUCUGAAUAAAAUAUGUUUAAAUCAAAACACACCACUCCCCUAACCCAUCUCCAAUAACACAGACGUAUUAGUGACAUAAGCUCCGGUUACACAACCAACCAGGUCCAUUUCCGCUUACGUUACACCACUGUUGCCAGUGCCGAUGUCCAACCCCACAUGUGGCUAACUGGUCAUUAAGCAGCUAGGGAUAUGUUUACAACGCCUUCCUUGUGUGUCCCGGAUUCGCCAGCCAGUGACACCACUAACCCCUUAUGGGACUCAUUAAGAUUAGACGCGAAGGAAAGUAUCUACGCAACGCGAUGUGAAAAGGAGGGCUUGCAUUUAAUUCAAGUUAAGGAUUUCAACAUAACAUUUAUUUCCCUCGUUGUGUCAUGGGCAAUUGUUACCCGGACAUAUUUGUAUCAACUCCACGUGAGCCAAGCUGAUUGGCUUGUAACGAUGACAAGCAUUUAUAAUAACGUGUUUCGACUGUUGUUUGUUUAGCGUAUUUUGCCACAGCGUGUAUUCUGAAAGAAGAAAAACAUUUCUCACAUCGCGCACUCAAUGACGGAGCGACGCAGCGUGGCUUGUGUACUGUUAUUGACAUUGUGCGCUACCAGGUUGUGAUUGAAUGGCUUGUGAAUCUUGUCCAAGCCUAUAAAUGACGUCGAGUCAAUCACUGGAUCAAUCUGCUUUCGAGACAGUGUUUCAGUGGAUGUACACGAUAUCAGAACACGGAAAUUCUGUCAUCGGCACGAGGCAUACGUGUUUCAGCUGUUACGAACGUGAUUUAACGUUAUCUAUAUUUUAUUCAAAUUGGGUUAUCUCAUUUCACCGGAACGGCCGGGAAAAACGGUGACAUAGAAAAUUGACGAGAUAAGAAAGGAUUUCGAAUACUGAUGAAACGGAGCGAAAUGUGGAUGUAACGUUCUGGAGAUCGGUUUUAUUAACACGGAAUUCAAGGUUGUUUACGAAGUCAGCGACAUCGGGAGGUGUGAAGGAGCGUCGUGGUUCUACGCAUUGACAGGAAGGAAAUUAACAUGCUUCUUAAACGAAUGUCUCGCUUGAAAUGGAUAAUGAUAGGGCAGAGAAAACGAGAUCAAUUAAUUCAGAACAGCAUCCAGGCAGCCAUUAUUCAACUCUUCCAAAGAAAGAAGCUGAAAGAAAACGAACUGGGCACAUUACAAGAGAAUGUCAGGUACCUCGCCGGCACAGAAGCAGGGCCGCUUAUUUUAGAUUAUUACAAGGAUCAGCUGUUGAAGAAGGGGAUGGUCAUCAUGCGGGAAGGAAUCAAGAAUGACAGAGGCACUGACCUCUUGAAGAAGCUUGGAGACACGUGGGAUUACUUCUACACGGAGAUCCUGCCUGACCUCCAAGCGGUGCUCUACCCUCUCAAGACAACUGGUGCUUCAAUACGACAAGUAACGUUAGUGGAAUUUAGAAACAUCGUCAUGCUCAAAGUCAGCAUCGAAGAUGCCUUGGACAACCUGACCGGUGAAGUGCCUCCCUCUAUCCGACAGAUGCUGCUAGUUCUACAGAGCGUAUGCGAGACAUUUCCUGGAGAAAAUUAUUACAAACUGGAGAAACUAGUCGCCAGAGUCGUCGUUCCUUAUCUUGGACUCCGUGGCCUGUAUAUGGGAAACCCCGAACCUGUCAUACGCUCGUCAUCACGGAUUACCCCGAAGGUCACAAUCACAACAGGAAGCACAGAAAGUGUGUCGAAAGAGCAUGACAGACUUGACGAGACAAAACACACAUGGUCUCCAGUAAUGACCAAAAAACAUGCUCACAGGUUCGGAAACGGUCUCCAUGGUAACGCCAAACUCGCACCGGUGUUUGAACAUGUAUAUGACGGCGGAAGAAGACAUAGUAUAAUAUCCUAGCAUCAGUGUAUCACGCAAGUGUGAGAAUCAUUCAGUAUGGCAGCUGUGUCGCCGUCUUUCACCAAACACGUCACACGUCUUUGGGAUCUUCAAUCAAUCUUCGAAGAGUUAUCGAACCUGUUUCGCCUACAGGUGGAGUUCAAAUACAGCUAUCCAAUGGGGAACUAACUCCGGAAUUUGCUGCCCUCAAAGAAGCCAUGUCCGAUGACCACUGGUAUUAGAAACAACACUUGUGUUUUUAUCCUGAGAAAAGGGACAGGACCUUCGGAGACCUGGGAUUCGAGAAUGACAAGGAUGGACUCCGAUGCAUCACCUUCGAGAUAAACAGUACGAGGCAGCUUCGUAGGCGAUGUCAUUCCGAGACUAUAUGUAUCCUGUUGUUGUGGGUGACGCUGUUCGUUACGUGUGUGUCGUUACGGAAGCUGUUUCAAAGUCCCAGCCCACAUUUUGGGAAGCGGCAGACUUGUGAAAAAUAUUGGAUUUGCUUGCUUGGACAUGGAAUUACCUUCUUCAUUGAUGAAGUCUUGCUCAAUGAUAGGACGUGUAGUACAUCCACUCUUGUCUUUCAUGUACAUAGCAGUGCCUGUGUGUCAGUGUCAUAUCAUUCCGAGUGAUAAAAGCAUUACGUUGUUGUCCUCACCAUGAUAACAACAAAACAUGAUAACAACAUUACACGAUUUGCCAAACAUGCAAGUUACCCAGAACGUCUCAAACGGAUCAUUCUUCUGAGUGCUUAUGUUGUUCGAAAAUGCUUCUCCGAUGUACAACUUAUUAUAUAUGAUAUAAUGACUACGAUGUCAACCCUUAUCCAACACCUGUGUCAUUCUUGUGAAUGUGUUGCUCUAUUACAUACAUGGAAGAUGAAGGUUUUAAACCAAAGCCAUUUCUUAAGGCAUUGAAGGCGGGCAUGUAUAAUAUGUCCUUUUACAUCAUUUGUGGACAGUAGUCUCAGUGUAUUACAAAUACGGACAAUGCUGUUCUUUUAUAAAGACUUUAUCAUUCUUGUUCAAUUUCGUGUGUGUUAAGUUCAGAAUAUGUGGAAGGGGUAGGUAUAUGUAAUACACGUACACACAGGACUUUGAUUGGAAAUGACACAUAUCAGGGCCAGAUGGUUCAUCUUCAACAUGCAUUCUGUGCCUAUUCAGCGAGCUAGUACUGGAAGCCAUCCAGGAUGCGUUGGGGCAUCUUGCUUGCUAUUUACGACCAUGCCAAAUAUAAUUUAUAUUUAUCAUAUAUGAAAUAUGUAUGCACAAUGUCGGUACUGAAACAAACAUGGCGGUCAUGUGAUAACUAAGUCAUUCCAGUUCAUGGUGUAAAAAUAUGUUUCGGAUGCAAUAGCCAUCCAGUGAUAUUCCUUAGUUAUUUAUUUAUUUUGUAAAGGCAAGACUGAUUUGUUACAGAGAGAUAAUUUUGUUUAAGUAUUAAAUAUAUUCAAAAUGAAA